CUGUUUUCGCCAUGGAAGCAGCUACAGCAGCUACUACUUCCUCUCAGUCUUGCCAGAGAAAGCUGAAGAGAAAGCGCGCCGCCGCGUUGGUGAGUGACCCCCAACUCGACCGACUUAACUCGCUGCCUUGGAACCCUUCGUUUCCACGAAACAAUGACGAAGAUGAUAACAACAACGAAAACGAUCCCUUUGCUAUGCUCGCUACUGGCUCCAACGAGCUCGAAGGAGGUUUCCUCUCGCUCGAGGAGAUCGACGAGGCUGAUUACGGUUUUUCCAUUCCUGAACCUCAAAUUAACGAGAAGAAGAACCAGAAGAAGAAGCAUAAACUCGACGAGAAUGUGAUAGAAGAGAAGAAGAAGAAGGAAGAAGAAGAAGAAGAUGAUGGAGUUGGCGGUGGCGGCGGCGGUGGUAGCGGUGAGGUUGAAGUGAAGAAGGAAAAGAAAAAAGACAAGAAGAAGAAGAAGAAGAAGAAAAAGAAGACAAAGAAGGAUAAGAAGAAGGAGGAGGAAGAAAAGAAGGAUAAGAAGAAGGAGGAGGAGGAAAAGGAGGAGAAAGCGGUUACCGAAAACCAGAAUGUUGAGAAGCCAGAUACUGGUCUAGAUACUGAUGUGAAGGAUGAUGAUGAUGUUGGGGAAGACUUUGAUGAAACUGAAUUUUAUGCAUGGAAUGAGUUGAGGUCAAGGGAAGUGUGUGUUUUUCGGCAGGAUGUUGUUGGGGCUGCUGAGACAGGAUCUGGUAAAACACUUGCAUUUGGUUUGCCCAUUUUGCAACGUAUUUUGGAGGAACGGGAGAAGGCUACAAAGAUUGAGGAAGAAAGGGGUAAAGAGCCAGAAAAAUAUGCUCCUACAGGAAUUUUGAGGGCUCUAAUUGUUGCCCCAACCAGAGAGCUUGCUAUUCAGGUAACUGAUCAUCUGAAAGCAGUAGCUAAGUAUAUUAAUGUUAGGGUGACCCCUAUUGUUGGGGGAAUUUUAGCCGAAAAGCAGGAGAGACUUUUAAAAUCAAGACCUGAGAUUGUUGUUGGAACUCCAGGGAGGUUGUGGGAACUUAUGUCAAGUGGAGAAAAGCAUCUAGUUGAGUUACAUUCAUUGUCUUUCUUUGUGCUUGAUGAGGCUGAUCGAAUGGUACAAAACGGUCAUUUUAAGGAGUUGCAAUCAAUAAUUGACAUGCUUCCCAUGUCAAAUAUCUCCGCCGAAGAUAAUUCUCAACAUGCACAAAAUUGUGUUACAGUUUCAAGCUACCAAAGAAAGAAAAGACAAACUCUUGUGUUUUCAGCUACUGUUGCACUUUCUGCUGAUUUUCGCAAGAAGCUUAAGUGCGGUUUAGUAAAACAAAAACAAUCAUUCACAGAGGAACUGAAUUCUAUUGAAACUCUUUCUGAACGAGCUGGAAUGAGAUCCAAUGCUGCAAUUAUUGAUCUUACCAACCCGUCAAUAUUGGCAGCCAAGCUUGAGGAAUCAUUUAUUGAAUGCAGGGAAGAAGAUAAAGAUGCCUACUUGUAUUAUAUUUUGACUGUCCAUGGACAAGGUCGCACCAUAGUUUUCUGUACAUCAAUUGCAGCUUUGCGCCAUAUUUCUUCCAUACUGCGGAUUCUUGGCAUUGAUGUUUGGACUCUGCAUGCACAAAUGCAGCAGCGAGCACGUUUAAAGGCCAUGGAUCGUUUUCGUGAAAGUGAAAAUGGCAUACUAGUUGCUACGGAUGUUGCUGCAAGGGGUCUUGAUAUUCCUGGUGUUAGAACUGUUGUCCACUAUCAGCUUCCGCAUUCAGCAGAGGUUUAUGUGCAUAGAAGUGGAAGAACAGCUAGAGCUUCUGCUGAAGGUUGUAGCAUUGCUUUAGUCUCACCAAAAGAAACGGCAAAGUUUGCUUCGCUGCUCAAAUCAUUUUCUAAGGACAAUUUUCAGCGGUUUCCUUUACAGAACUCAUACAUGCCAGAGGUUUUAAAACGAUUGUCUCUUGCACGCCAAAUUGACAAAAUAACACGAAAGAAUUCGCAGGUGAAAGCUGAGAAAAACUGGUUUGAUCGAAAUGCUAACUCAGUUGAAUUAGUUACUGAAAAUGACGACAGUGAGGAGGAACAAGUGAACAAACACAAGCAAAUGAAAGCCAGUUCUAAACAGUUGAAGACAUUGCAACAGGAGCUCAAAAUGUUGAUUUCACGUCCUUUACAAUCAAAGACAUUUUCACAUCGAUAUUUAGCAGGGGCUGGUGUCACACCUGUCAUGCAGGAACAAUUGCUACAAUUAGCAAAGCAAAAACUAAAUGAUCGCCCGGGCUCAGGAGUAGGCAAGAAGGGAAAAUUGGUUGUGAUUGGUCAAGAUUGUGUUGAAGCACUUCAGGCACUCCGGAAUGCUGGUGAAGAGGUGCGCAUGGAUGUCAAGGAUUUUGCUGGAAAACAGAGAAAUAUAGAAAAUCGGAAAAGAAAAAGAAAAGAGGAGAAGAAACGUUUGCGUGAUCAGCGAAGAAAGCAGAAGAAAAAGCUAAAACAGGACAAUCAAUAGAAUUGCAAUACAUAUGAUAUAUAAAGUUGGGCAAAUUUUGCACCAACCGAAGUUUUGUCAUUUGUUGCUGGGUGAUUUUAAGGCUGGGACUAUGUCCCAUAGUUUUAUCGUGAUUAUCCAUAGAGCUUUGAUUUCUUGUAUGAAUAGAAUAUAUCAUGAAAAUUUCAAUUGAGAAGUAGAGAAUAUAACUAUGUCAGAGGAAGCUUAUGUCAACUUUGGCAGUUAUCAGCGGCAAUCAAGCCUCAAAUUCAGUGGUUCUGGAUUCACACAUAGACCAGCCGUGACUGAUCGAAAAUAGUUCUUUUGUCUUUUUGAUGUUAUAUGGAAUUUUGUCUAGUCAUGUUUCAUUCAAAAGCAAGCUUAUUCUAAUGAAAUCCUACAAGUUUAGGCUCUGUUCUUUCUC